AUGGCAAAACUGAUUCAAUGCGUUAUUAUUCUUGUUGUUCUGAUCUCCAUUGUGAAAGCUUGUGGCAACAAUAUGAACAAAACUUCCACUGAAGGACAUACUACAGAUAGUCCCCUUCCAAUGCCUACUACAGUCAGCUCUGAAGGUGAAAAAAAACCGCCAGAGGAGACUACGGAUGAAACGGGUAAAAAGGACGAGAAAGAAAAUGAACAUGGAAAUACACAGGAUGAAAAGAAUUGA